AUGGCAGCAGCGUCCACCACGACGCCGCUCGACGGCCGCGUCGCGCUCGUCACCGGCGGGUCUCGGGGCAUCGGCCGCGAGGUGUCCUCCCACCUCGCCGCGCUCGGCGCACGCGUCGUGGUCAACUACGCCUCCAACCCGGCCAAGGCCGAGGAGCUCGUCGCAGAGCUCGCCUCGCGCGGUCUCCGCGCCGUGGCCGUCCGCGCGGACGUCUCCGACCCGGCCGCCGUGCGCGCGCUCUUCGACCGCGCCGAGGAGGCCUUCGGGUCCCCGCCCCACAUAGUGGUGGCCUGCGCGGGCAUCAUGGACGCCAAGUACCCCGCGCUGGCCGACACCGCCGUCGAGGACUUCGACGCCACGUUUGCGGUGAACACGCGCGGCAAGUUCCUGGUGUGCCGGGAGGCCGCCCGGCGCAUCCCUCCCAACAGCGGUGGGCGCAUCGUGACGUUCUCAUCGUCCACGGUUGCCGUGCUGCCGCCAGGUUACGCGGCGUACGCGGCGUCCAACGCCGCCGUGGAGGCCAUGACGAGGAUCCUGGCCAAGGAGGUGGCGGCGAAGGGGAUCACGGCCAAUGUGGUGGCGCCGGGCCCUGUGCGCACGGAGCUUUUCCUUGCCGGGAAGGAUGAGGCGUUCCUAGAGAGGGUGAAAAAACCAUUGGGCGUAUAG